UGGAAGAUGAGGGCUGCCAUCUCACUGCUGGUGCUGCUGCUCUCCAUGUGUGGAGCUCAGACUCGGAGUACCCAGACUGAAGUCCCGACAGAGAGCCAGGGCACUGGGGCUGCUGCUGCUGCUGCUGAAGUCUCUACCCAGCUGGACGUCUCUGCUGAGCUGAAGGAACUCAGAGACAUGGUGGUGGAGCUGACGACAACGGUUAAGGUAUUGGAGGCUGAAAAUGAAGCAAUGAAGACCAGACUGACUGCCAGUGAAACUGAAGUCACACACCUGAAAACGGCAACCGGGGAACUCAAGACCAGACUGGAUGUCACUCAGCCUGAAGUCACACACCUGAAGUUGGCAAAUGAAGACGCUCUGGCCGAACUAGAGAAGCAUGAGCAGGAGCUGGCUGCUCUGAAGAAGGAAAAUGGGGAACUGAGGACCAGGCUGACUGCUAGUGAAACUGAAGUCAAGGACCUGAAGAUGGACAGUGCUGCACAUGAGCAGGAGCUGGCUGCUCUGAAGACCAGGCUGGCUGCUAGUGAAACUGUGAUAGAUGACCUGAAGAUGGAAAAUGCAGCACAAGAGGCAGAGCUGACAGCAGUGAAGACCAGACUGGCAGCCACUGAGACCGAAGUGGAUAAUCUGGAGAAUGAGAUCAGGGCAGCACCCAAGGUGGCCUUCUCAGCAGGUCUGGGUAACGGAUACAUACAGUCUGGGAGUAAUGACCUGAACUUGGUCUUCAGUAGAGUCAUCACUAAUGUAGGAGAGGCCUACAGCAACACAUCUGGCUUCUUCACUGCUCCUGUCAGGGGGGUCUACUACUUCAGGUUCACUGUUGCGGAUAUACUGGACUCAUCUAGCUUGUAUAUGUAUAUCAGGAUGCAUAAGAAUGGGCAGCAGCUCAUGUGGCUGUCUGAGCAUGACACUGAUGGAUAUCACACCUAUCUGUCCAGUGGCCUGACUCUGCAGCUGGAGAAGGGAGAUACAGUAAACAUGGUGCUACCAGCAGGCUACAGGCUCUAUGAUGAUUCUAAUAACCACAGCACCUUCAGUGGCUUCCUGCUCUUCCCUCUCUGAACGCCAGAAGAUCACCAUGAUCAUUCAUCAUGACUCAUUUUGGAGGUUAUUUGAUUGAGAAAUGAUAAAUG